AUGGAUGAGUCUUUAAUUGCUACUAUUAAUAAAUUACAAGAUGCUUUAGCACCUUUAGGAGGUGGAUCAUCUUCACCAGUUGAUUUACCACAAAUUACUGUAGUUGGAUCACAAUCAAGUGGUAAAUCAUCAGUUUUAGAAAACAUAGUUGGAAGAGAUUUCUUACCAAGAGGUACAGGGAUUGUCACCAGAAGACCAUUAGUAUUACAAUUAAUCAAUAGAAGAUCUGUUGCUAAUACUUCAACCGCAACUGAUGAUUUGAUUUCAAUUAAUAAAACAACUGAUGAUGGACAAAAGUCUGAAAAUAAUGCUGAAGAAUGGGGGGAAUUUUUACAUUUACCAAAUAAGAAGUUUUAUAAUUUUGAAGAUAUUAGAACUGAAAUUGUUAGAGAAACUGAUGCAAAGACUGGUAAAAAUUCAGGUAUUUCACCAGUUCCAAUUAAUUUAAGAAUUUAUUCUCCUCAUGUAUUAACUUUAACUUUAGUUGAUUUACCAGGUUUAACUAAAGUGCCAGUUGGUGAUCAACCAAAAGAUAUCGAAAAGCAAAUUAGAGAUAUGAUUAUGAAAUUCAUUUCCAAACCAAAUGCUAUUAUUUUAUCAGUUAACGCUGCCAAUACCGAUUUAGCUAAUAGUGAUGGUUUAAAAUUAGCAAGAGAAGUUGACCCUGAAGGUUCAAGAACUAUUGGUGUUUUAACUAAAGUUGAUUUAAUGGAUCAAGGUACUGAUGUUAUUGAUAUUUUAGCUGGUAGAGUUAUUCCUUUAAGAUUUGGUUAUGUACCAGUUAUCAAUAGAGGUCAAAAAGAUAUUGAAGGUAAAAAAACAAUCAGAGAUGCUUUAAAAGAUGAAGCCAGUUUCUUCGAAAAUCAUCCUUCUUAUAAAGCUAAAGCUCAUUAUUGUGGUACUCCUUAUUUAGCUAAAAAAUUAAAUGGUAUAUUAUUACAUCAUAUUAAAGGUACUUUACCUGAUAUCAAAAUGAGAAUUGAACAUUCCUUAAAGAAAUAUCAAAAUGAAUUAAGUUUAUUAGGUCCUGAAAUGAAUGAAAGUCCAACUUCAAUUGCUUUAAAUAUGAUUACAAAUUUUACUAAAGAUUAUAAUGGUAUAUUAGAUGGUGAAGCUAAAGAAUUAACAUCACAAGAAUUAACUGGUGGGGCCAGAAUCUCAUUCGUUUUCCAUGAAAUCUUUAAAAAUGGUAUUAAUUCAUUAGAUCCAUUCGAUCAAAUCAAAGACGCUGAUAUUAGAACUAUCAUGCACAAUACAAGUGGUUCAGCUCCUUCAUUGUUUGUUGGUACUCAAGCUUUUGAAGUUUUAGUCAAACAACAAAUUCAUAGAAUGGAAGAACCUUCUUUAAGAUGUAUCAAUUUAAUUUUCGAUGAAUUAGUUAGAAUCUUAUCACAAAUCAUUAAUCAACCACAAUAUUCAAGAUAUCCUGGAUUAAAAGAACAAUUAUCACAAUAUUUCAUCCAAUUCUUAAGAGAAGCUUUAGUUCCUGCUAAUACUUUUGUUUCAGAUAUAAUUAAAUCUGAAGAAACCUAUGUCAAUACUGCCCAUCCUGAUUUAUUAAAAGGUUCACAAGCUAUGGCCAUUGUUGAAGAUAAAUUCCAUCCAAAACCUCAAGUUGCUGUAGAUCCAAAAACUGGUAAACCUUUACCACCAUCUCAACAACCUCCAGCUAAUAAUUCACCAAAACUUGAUGAAAAUUCCAAUGGAUUCUUUGGUGGAUUCUUUUCUUCUAAAAAUAAGAAAAGAUUACAAAGUAUGGAAGCUCCACCUCCAAUUUUAAGAGCUACUGGUACUAUGACUGAAAGAGAAACUAUGGAAACUGAAGUUAUUAAAUUAUUAAUUUCUUCUUAUUAUAAUAUUGUUAAAAGAACCGUAAGUGACGUAAUUCCAAAAGCUAUUAUGUUGAAAUUAAUCGUUAAAUCAAAGGAUGAUAUUCAAAAAGUUUUAUUGGAAAAAUUAUAUAAUUCAAGUGAUUUAGCAGAUUUAGUUAAAGAAAAUGAAUUAACUGUUCAAAAGAGAAAGGAAUGUGUUAAAAUGAUUGAUGUAUUAAGAAAUGCUAGUGAAAUUGUUUCAAGUGUUUAG